AGCAAGCUGAAAAGAGAAAACCGGAAAUAAAUGCACUAAGCUUAUUUACCAUCGAUAUCCACUUCCAGAGAAGGUUAACAGGGUGUUUGCCAUUAUGCUUAAAGUAGAAGAGGAAGCACAAAAGUUAAAGGAACUUUAUCUAACAAGUGCAAAUGUACUGGAGAAAUGGCCAGAAAGUGAUGUGAUCUCAAGUUGCARUGAUACAGUGUUUAUGGAUUUUCUUCAAAAGCUAUCAGAAGUUGACUUGGAGGUUGCUGUGUAUGGACUACAAAGGCAGCUGGACAUUGAAGUGCAACUGGUCAAGUGUUUUGAAUAUUUAACAGAAAUGAAUUGUGAAAGCUGUGAUAUUACUUCUAAGUUGAUCACAAGYCAGGGAAAGGUAGCAAGGCUAAGAAGUAGAYUGCUGCGCUGCAUUAAUAAGCAACUAAUUAUCAAUGGAAAUGCAAGUGCCCUUCCACCAUGGCAAGGUAUAUUGCAUGAUGACAGGAAACGCCAGCCCAUGACUUCAACAGAGGUACAAGAAACCAAGGAUGCCAAUAAUGCUAGGCAACAACCUGCAAGUGAGAGUAGCUUAGAGAUCCUCAAGGAAGAUGCUGAGAAUGAUUUAAAAAGAGCUGACAGUGAAGUAAGUCAGCUUUGUGCUUCAAGUAUGUUGGAAGGGAUGGAAGGAGACGAGGCAUACACUGACUCUUCUCACAAUAUGACGGACGAAAAAGAGCAGAACAAUGCAGAGUUGCAACAGCCAAAUACCAAUGACAAUGYUUCUACUGAUGAAGAAAUGCAAGAUUCUGCAGUCAAAGUUCACAAAGUAAGAGAGUCAAUGAGUGCAGAUGAAGGCAUGAAAAAGCUUCAAGAAACGUUGGAAAAGAAUCUCCAUGAAAAAGUACAUGAAGCUAAAGGUGUUGGUUCAAUGCCUCCUCCCAAACCCUCUCCCUAUAGCGCACUCGAGUCAAUGCCAAUGUUAGACGCAGCACCAGCUAACAAGACUGGUGAAUUCAUCGAUAGCGGAGAAGAUCAAGGUGAUGGCAUCAUUAUCAAGGAACAAAUACUGAUGCGGGACUGGGACCCAACGAAGCUGCUUGAAGACUUAUUUGGUGAAUGUAGCAAAGAAAAAGAAGCCCAUUCACAAACGCCUUCUUCUCCUUCCAUGAGUAUUGUACGCAUGUCUGGUUACAUGGAGAAACUACCGAGUAGUUACAAACAAAAAAAGUCGUCUGUUUUUAAGGGUUGGAAAAAACGUCAUUUCAAGGCAUUUGAUGGAAAGUUAUUUUACUUUGAGGAUCAUCGCAACAACGAACCACUGGGGAUGGUGGAACUCCAGGGAUCGUCGGUUGUGAUCAGUUCUGGAAAGGUGCUAGAAAUAAACGACUUCGAAGGCAAACCAAUUUUGAAACUUCGAUGUGCUUCGCAAUUUGAAGCAGAAGACUGGAAGCAGGCCAUUGAAACCGAAGCAAAUUAUCGCCAAGAGCCGGUAUAYGAAGAAGUUUGUUCAACUCUUGAGGAUUCUGUGGUAAUUAUUGACUUAGGCUCGAGUACCGUCAAAGCUGGAUUUGCGAAGGAAGAAGCCUGGCCGCAAGUGAUCUUUCCAUGUGUGUGUUCUGUGCUCAAAGGGGAAGAGACAGAUUGUGUUUAUGGUUAUGCUGCACUUGAUCCUAAACGAAGAAUUCAAUCCAACCUUCGUUUUCCCCUGAGAAGAUCUUUAAAGAUUGAUAAGCUCAAGUUUUCUGCAAUGGAUUUGACAGGGAUUCUAGAGCACACAUUUCGUUUGCUGAAAGUAGAUCCAUCGAAACAUAAGGUGGUGAUGACAAUUCCACAAAAUACCAGCCAAAAGGACAAGGGAGAUCUUGUAGAGAUUCUCUUAGGGUUCUUCAAUGUCGAAGCCUGUUAUCUUCAGGAACAAGCCAUACUGGCCAUGUAUUCAUACAGUGCUGUUUCUGGAGUGAUUGUUGAUGUCGGAGAUCAUAUUGAUGUUAUUCCAGUUGUUGAGGGUUGUGUGAUAGAGGCCGGUGCRUCAAGGUUACCUUACGGUGGGCGACAAGUUACCGAUAUGUUAGCUAGRUUGCUGACAGAAAAAGGMCACAGAUUCUUCUCUGAGGUAGAAUCCUACAUAACAAGGUAUAUCAAGGAGCAGUGCUGUUAUGUAUCAGAAAAAGAAAUCUGUCAUGAAAAUGAUGUACCAAACUAUUCUACAGACAUCAUGUUGGAUAAGUACAAGAUUCCCGACGGAACGAGAAAAGUCACUGUUGAUACCGCGAGAUAUCGCUGCACAGAAGGMCUAUUUGAACCUAUAGUUUGGGGMAAGGAUCAUCCGGGUGUUUCUGAUUUAGUGUACAAGGCAAUWAUGGCUUGCAGUAUUGAUGUCCGUAAACAUAUGGCUCGUAGUAUCUAUCUUAGUGGUGGAGGGUCCAUGUUGCCAG